AUGUUAGGAGUUGAUAAAAAGCUUGAUAUAAAAGAGAAAAAAGCUCUUGAACGAGAAACAAAAGCAAAUGUCCGAAUACAGCAACAGAAAAUUAAAGAAUUAAAAGAUUCUAUAGUGGAACUUGAAUCAUCUACUGAUACUGAAACUGAUAGCAAAUUAAGCUCAACGGAAGAAGGCUAUUCCAGAGAUUGUUUAAGAAGUUUUGCCCCCAUUUAUCUGGCAAAGAAUGGAAACUUGUCUCGUUCUACGAACAACCAUUACAUCAAUCCAUACAGUCCUCCUCCCUUAGUAGACAACGCUAGAAAUUCGCCAUCAGCCCUUGCAGUUCAGCAUGCGCAUAAUUCUUCUAUGCUUGCCAACUGCUACAGUUUGAUGCAAAGCACAAAUGGUAUUGGUGGGCAUAAUGAAGGCACUGAGCAAUCCAGUAGUGAUACGGCGUCUACUGGUAGCAGCGAUACAGUAAUUCACCAUGAGACAAAUAUGUGUUCUCUUAUGAAUAACAACGGAAACACUGAAGCAGAAUCGUUAAUAUGCAAAAAGGAGAAAUUACCAGACUGCAACAAUGAUCUGAGUCCAAUUAAGUUAACAAGCUCUAUGCCUGCUAUACAACAGGCUGCUGCUCUCAAUAAUGGAUCACAUCCCACAAAACCUGAUGAAAUUUCUGAUCCACCGAAGCAUUCCAUCAUUGAUCCGCCUGAAAAUCUCACUACUUCACCUGAUUCUGGUGGUAACAGUCGUCCUCCUUAUUCAUAUGUUGCGAUGAUACGUAGAGCUAUUGUGGAGUCUCCAGAACAGAAGCUCACUCUUCAAGAAAUCUACAACUUCAUCUUGAGGCAUUUUCCGUAUUAUAAUGGCAAACCAGGUUGGAAAAAUAGCAUUCGGCAUAAUUUAAGUCUAAAUAAAUGCUUUAUUCGUAUGCCCAGAGAAGGCGGAGGGGAGAGAAAGGGAAGCUAUUGGUCAUUCGACUCUGCAUACAACGAUAUGUUUGAAGGCAACAAUUAUCGUAGACGAAAGCGUAUGAAGAGACCACCUGGGAGUGAAGGCGUGCCGAAUUCUACAUCAGCAUUUGGUUCAUCCUUUGCCUCUUCAUUUUCGCGACCAUAUCCUUAUUUAAAUCCAGCAGAUUUCCUGACUUCUGGCUACCGUUCCACUUCCGAACGCAAUUGGUCCUUGGCAGUGCAAGGAUCCACUAACCUUCGAAACUCUGGGAGAUCUGGCAUGUCGUGCCCCUCUUGUCAAAGAAUACAGCCUCAAGCAUUUGGGUACGUGCAAUCAUCUCAAUUAGAUCCCUCUGUCUCCACAGCAUCUCAUGCUUACCCAGCUCACAGCUAUGUGCCCCCAACAGCUGCCUUUCCCGGUCAUUAUCCAGCACACUGUUCAACAGCCCCAAGUCGAUAUCAUCCUUACUAG